CAGCAUCCCCUGUCACACGACCGCUUGUCGCAGUGUGACUACACGAGUGACACUACUUGUGUCACGGAUCACGCACUUGAGCGCUCUCUGUGUCGUAGCCACCAACGACCGCGACCAUGUCGACUACGCCUGAGCAGGCUACACAGCUCCUCUUUUCGCCAAAUGUGCAGUACAACAAUACACGCCUAUACACUGUCAAGUUCCUGUCUGCGUGCCUUGCGGGUGCCGUUGCUGGCAUUCUAGGCCUCGAGAACGUGCUCGGCUUUGCCUUGUUCAUCUUGUCGACACUGCUCACCUCUGCGUGCCUGUAUGUCAAAUGCAAGGGAAAUCCGGUGAAAUACAUGCCCGGGGGUUGGUGGGAGCUCGUGAACCCCGGCCAGGAAAAUCUGUUCUCCUUUGUGCUCGUAUGGACAUUAUUUUAUGGCAUUGUACAUGUGUACGAUUGAGUACUACGUCGCACCAAUCCAAUUCCUACAAGGAAAGCGUGAGAAAUCGUAUGAUAUCGCGGUAGGCUUCUUUGGCUGUUAGCUCUGUGUGUUCGGUUUAUGCAGCGGUGCUGGGCCAGCUGAUAUCAGCUUCUCUUGCGAUCUCCGGCUCCCAAGCUCGAUUAUGUAACAUCAUCUCUACGAGAGUUUUACUUGACUUUUAUGUAUAAUGGAGUGGCCGAACUACGAGAAUC